AUGUCUACACAAACUUUUAAUUUCUCAAACUCAUGUGAUCUUGAGGUACAUACCUCUCCUUUUGGGAUUUCUGGGAUAUAUAUAAAAGUUGAAAAUAGUGAUUCAGUUGGGAUUGGUUCCACAAUGGGUAGAUUAACAGGUCAUACCAGUGGGAAAUUACAUUAUAAUAAAAAUGAAGAUCUUGUGAAUACAAAAUUCAAAUUAUAUGGAUUGAUUGAAGAUAAGGAUAUUCUAAGGAUUGAUUUUGUGAAGAUUUUAGAUCCAAGAAAUGGUACAAAUAAUGAAGGUGAUAAAACUAAUGAUGGGAAAAAAGAAGGUGAAGUUAAGAAAGAAGAAGAUUCAGAUGAGAAACCCACAGAAGUUAAGAGUGAAAACCCAGGAGAUGAGGGGUAUGAAGUUCCGGAUUUGGUUUUUAGAGGUAAAGCACCAGUUGGUAGACCAGAUGUUGUGGAACCAUUUAUUGGUAUCUUUAGUUUUGAAAAAUCAUCAUAA